UGUCAAGCCUGUCUUCCUCGGAGACUCGUGGCGAGAAAUUAAGAAAGAAGAAGAAGAAGAGGAAGAAACUGCGUCAGCUAAGAAACACACAGGAACCCCAGAGAUUCAAUCGAUUUCUAGAAUUUCAUGUUUCACUCACCUCAAAUGGUGAAGAAACGAGUCCCAGAAUGGCUCAACAGCUCGCUCUGGUCUUCCACGCCUUCUCCUUCUCUCGACGAGGAUCGCGUUCAACCCUACACCUCCAAGCCCACCGCCACCACCACAAUCACCAGUUCUUCUUCUACCUCUGACUACGAGCCACCGUCCAUGGUUGACCCACCAAUCCCUGUGCCCCCUCCCAAACCCACCAGGGAAGACAAGCCUCCUCCGCAGCCCCAAUCCACAGAUUCACUCCCCGAUCACGAAGACAAGAACAACACCACUCCUUCCCCCGAAGACAUCUCCAGACAGGCUCAGCUCUUGGUCGAGCUAUCGAGAAAGACGAUUAAUUUGCGCGAAUUGCGGAGAAUUGCUUCCCAGGGCAUACCAGAUGGUGCCGGCAUACGUUCUACUGUGUGGAAG